ACCAACUUGAUCAACAUGCACAUUUUACAAGACACAACUGCAGAGGGGUCCAUGCCAGCUCCUCAGAUGAAGCUUAAAAGAGCCCGACUUGCAGAUGAUCUGACUGAAAAAAUUACUCUCAGGCCAGGGCUUCUGGAGCUGGUGGAGAAGAAUAGAAUUCCUGUUGAUUCGACUAUGAAAGAGUCCAUAAAAGGUAACCAUGUAGUCAUCUCCAAAUCAACAGAUGCUUUUGCCUUUGAUGAGGACAGCAGCAAUGAUGAACUCUCUCCAGAACAUACACGAAGUGAAGACUCACAGGGUUCUAAUAGUUUCCCACCUGACACAAAAGCCAAAGAAACUUCUUCAUCUGCCCCAUCAGAAACAAAUCAGGAUCAUACUUCUGGCUCUGAAAAUGAUAGAAGUGAAGCAGUAUCACACUCCAUCAACCAAUCAGACGACAUGAAGCAGGUGAAUGGCCCAUUGAGCUCACCCAUCCCUGUGCCUGCUGUGGUAAAGUCUAAGGCCUUUAGUGACAGCAAGAACCGCCACAAAAAGCCAAAGGACACCAAACCAAAGGUGAAGAAACUGAAAUAUCACCAGUACAUUCCACCUGACCAAAAGGCAGAAAAGUCCCCUCCGCCCAUGGACUCUGCCUAUGCAAGGCUUCUGCAGCAACAACAGCUUUUCCUACAACUACAAAUCCUCAGCCAACAGCAACAGCAACAAAGAUUCAGCUACCCAGGGAAUCAUCAAGGGCACUUAAAGGAAUCCAGUGAAGAGCUGAUAAGAAAUCCAAACUCAUCAGUUUCCAUAAGUAAUACUCCUUUGUCUCCUGCCAAAACCACUUUUUCUGGACAAACUGGCAUUUCCUCUCUCAAGCUGGGUCCUCUUCCAUCAAAUCUGGAUGAUCUGAAGGUCUCUGAAUUGAGACAACAGCUUCGAAUAAGGGGUCUACCUGUAUCAGGCACCAAAACAGCUCUCAUGAAUCGUCUUCGACCCUUCCAGGACUGUCCUGGGAAUACAGUGGCAAACUUUAGUGACAUAACUACUAUCACUUUUCCUGUCAACCCAGCAAAUACUCUAGCCAGUUAUCAGUCUUCAUCUACUAGUGUCCUACCCAAUGGGUUCUAUCACUUUGGCAGCACCAGCUCCACACCACCCAUUUCCCCAGCUUCCUCUGAUGUCUCAGUCACUGGCUCUCUACCAGACACAUUUAAUGAUACUUCACCAUCAUUUGUUCUGCAGCCCUCUCCUGUCCACAUUUGUGCAGAGGAGAGCCUAAUGAGCAGCCUCAAUGGGGGAUGCAUCCAGUCUGAUUUAGAUGGGGUUGAUUCUGAGAAGGACAAGAUGUUAGUAGAGAAGCAAAAGGUGAUUAAUGAACUUACCAUGAAGCUACAGCAAGAGCAAAGACAAGUGGAAGAACUUAGGAUGCAACUUCAGAAGCAGAAGAGGAAUAAUUGUCCAGAGAAGAAACAGUCACAGACACAUUUCUUUGGUGUUCCCAUCAAGAAGGAAGAUACUGGAUGCAGUUGUCCUUUUCCAUCGAAACAAACAUCUGUGAAAAUACAAACUAGUUGUUCAGAAAAACAACUAAGUACUUGUGAACCUGCCCAGCUCCUUCCCCCUCUAAACAGUCAUUGUGUAGAGUCUAUAGGACAGACCAAAGUACUUACUUCUACAUUUCUUAGCCCUCAGAAUUCUCCCCAACAUUCCCCACUUGGAGCUGUAAAAAGUCCACAGUGUAUCAGCCGGCCCCCAUCACCUAACAACCAUUACCUCCUCUCUUCAUCUUCUAGCUCCCAAGGAGAGAGGCAUACUGGCCUCUCACAAACCCACAGCCAAAUGUGUUCAAUUCAGAUGGCUGUUUUACAAUCUUCUUGUCAGGCAGGGCCAAAACUUUCUAUUCCAUCCCCAACUUUUUCAAAAUCAAGUUCAGGACUUUCAGAGAUAACACAGCCUCCCACUUAUGAGGAUGCAGUAAAGCAGCAAAUGACUCAAAGUCAACAGAUGGAUGAACUCCUUGAUGUCCUCAUUGAAAGUGGAGAAAUGCCAGCAAAUGCCAAAGAAGAUCACUCAUGUUUUCAAAAAGUACAAAAGAUAACUGGAUCUUCUCAAAGUCUUCACAAAUCCUCUGGUCCAUUUGAGCAUACUUCUUCAGCAACCCAGCUCUCUUUUGAUCACUGCACAACUAAUAAUGACAAUCACUUUGAAGUCUUAUUGAAUUCUCACAGUCCCUUGGGCAAAGUCAGUGAUAUCACACUUCUGAAAAUUGGAAUUGAGGAAUCUCAGUUUGAAGGGAUGAUGGAUAGAUUCUCUGACAAAGCAACAGAUGAACUUUUAGGUUCUCAUGAGAUUUUGCCAGCUCCUCUCUCCCCUAUACAACCUCAACUUUCACCUUCUUCCAUAGAUGGAACAGGUUUGCAGAUGAGCUUAACAGAAUCUCCUUGGGAGACCAUGGAAUGGUUAGACCUUACCCCACCAAGUUCUACAACAGACUUUAGUUCUCUCACUGCCACAGGCCCAAGCAUCUUCAACAGUGAUUUCUUGGAUAUUACUGAUCUCAGUUUGAAUAGCACCAUGGACCUUCACUUACAACAGUGGUAA